AUGUCUGUCUUUGCGCUUGACGCCUUUGACGAGGACAACGACGCCGGUUCGCCUCUCAAUCGAGCUCGGACGGCUGGGGCUGUGGGUGCUAAAGUGGUGCUCCUUGGCGAGUGCCGGAGUGGGAAGACGUGCCUGGCCCGGGCUCUUCUGGGCGAGGUGCCUGGCGCUGCUGGCGGCGGAGGUUUGGGCAUGGUCGACGGUGGUCUUGACGCUACGGGUGGGGCUGGUGGGGCUUGUUCCGGCCCUGGAGGAGGAGGCGUUGCUGGCGGCGGGAUUGGCGCCAGCGCCUGUCCCAGUGGCGCCGUCGGCGGGAGUGCGUCUGGCCUUCCGGGCGAUGCUGCUGGGCCGUAUGUGACGACGGUGGGCGUGGAGGUGACGCCAGCUACGGUCAUGGUGGCGCCACGACGGGCAUCGACUCCGCUGCUGGGGCUCACGCUGUGGGAUGUGACCGGAAACGAUGCCUUUGCGCCAUCGCGUGAGGCCUUCUACCGCGACGCGCACGUCCUCGUCCUUGUCUUUGACAUGACCAACCGCGCCUCGUUUGCCGCUCUUGGUGACUGGCUCGACGAGGCGUACCUAUUUAUCAGCACGUGUGCCGUCCUAGUUGCCGGAAACAAGUCCGAUCUGGCAGUCCGCCGGGUGGUGUCGGCUGACGAGGCCCGCGCCUUUGCGGCGUCGAUCGGCGGCCACUAUGUGGAGACGUGCGCAGCGACCGGUGACAACGUCGCCCGCCUGGUCCGUCACGUGGCCGGGGCGGUACUUGAUGUGUGCGGUCUGGCGCCACUGCACUCGUCCGACACAGCGGUGCUGGUGGCGACGACAACAGCGGGCGCGGGCGCCGUGAGCGGGCGCGGGCCCGGCGCGCUGGCUGCUGGCGAUGGAGACGCACUGAGCGCUUCGCGGCCGGCGUCGCGCGAGAGCGUCCUGACGCCGCCUGGCGACUCUGGCCUCGACUCCCGGCCACUCUCGCGGAUUGCGAUGUUUUCCGGCCAGCGGUCGCCGGGAGUGCUGGGCAGCGGCGAGCUGGAGUUUUCGUCCGACGACGAGCUGAUGUCGUCUGACGACGGCCAGUAUGUGACGGUGGUGCGGCGGUCUGCCGGCGGAGGUGGAGGAUGCAUCGUACUUUAG